UGCCCAGGUGUUGGGAAGUAUCAUUAUCUACACAUUCUCAAGUGGGUUCUAUAAUGGCACCUCAACUCUUGCUGGUAUUAUUGGCACCGUGAAGGCUCAGGGAAUGGAGGGCUUUGUUUUAGUUGCAAACCCAAGCUAUGGUGAUUAUAUUGCAGAGCCAAUGCCUUUGAUCCCUCGUGUGGAGGAUGCCAAGGCUAUAUUACAUUACUAUGAAGAAAAAACAAAGAGGAACAAGAAAGGAAAUGCCAAAGAGUUUGGUGCUUUGGCAGCUGUGGGAGAAGGAAGACUUGCCUCUUUCACAGGAAGAUCACUGAUAGUUAGUAGAUUUUCUUCAAGGGGUCCAGAUAUCAUUGACAAUAAUUUUUUUUUUGCAGAUGUUCUUAAACCUGAUAUUCUUGCUCCAGGACACCAAAUCUGGGCAGCCUGGGCCCCAUCAGUGCUUCAGAACCUUUCCUCAGAGGGAAAAGUUUUGCAUUGUUAUCUGGUACCAGCAUAUCCACACCUCAUGUGGCUGGAAUAGCAGCACUGAUGAAGCAACACAAUCCAUCAUGGACUCCAUCCAUGAUAGUUUAUGCGAUCUCUACAACAAGCUCAAAGUAUGACCAUCUUGGACAUGCUAUAAUGGAAGAAGGCUAUGAGGUCAACACCUUGCUACCCGCCACUCCUUUUGAUUACGGCUCAGGCUUUGUCAACCCCAAUCGUGUCGUUGAUCCUGGUUUGGUACUUUCAUCAGGAAAUUUAAACCACAUUGUACGAAUAACAUUGUCAGUGCUCGUGGUUUCAGUGUAAUGAAGAUCACUUCUUUCCCCGGGAGUCUGUGUAUGGGAAAAUCUGCUCCUCUCAACGGAUUUUUAUGGGAUGUCUCUCUGCAAGCGAAAUGGAACUCUCUGAGGAUUACACUCCUGUGAUUUCCCACGGGCCAAACCCGAGAACCACUCAUAUCUGAUAAUUGCAUAAUCGAGAGUAGCUGCUUCAAACUUGGGUGCUCUGUUAAGGAAAAUGGGUGUUUUCCUCAUCACACCAAUUAUCACUCUCGAAGCUUUUUGAGUGUUUGCUUUUUCGAUUUCAGAUGUGAAUUGACAGCAAAUUUUACUCAUUUUUAUAGACUAGAUGAAACCUCGACUGAAAUAAUUCUUUUUGCGUCAUAUAAAUUAUGGGGAACUAUGAAAACUCUGGGAAAAAUUACUAGGAAAAACAAAGUCUUUUCUUUUCUUGUAGUAUUAUUUUGUUUAUUUAGUUUUAUUU